UAUUCCGCCAUAUUCAAAAAUCUAAACUUGUUUCGGCAUGCACAAUAAAUUUGUAUCAAUGGAUAUUUUGGCAAAUUGGAUUACAGAAGAUAUGGGAAGCAUCUAGUUGCUCUCUAUUCAGCCGCCAUGAACUGAAGAGGGGAUUAUUUGGUUCUAUUAUAUAAGGUAGGAAGUGAAAAAAUGGCAGACAACACAACAAAACAGGCCCAGCAGAAGUUUACAAAUCUACGUAAACGUCUGGACCAACUUGGGUACCGACAAACGCUAGGAUUAGAAUCUCUGCCAUUGGCGGAAAAGCUUUUUUCAGACCUGGUCCACACAACGGAGAGUCUGAAACAUGCCAAACUUGAACUUGGAAAACAGGACACUGAACACAAGGACUUUGACACAGCAGUCGAACCAUACAAAAGUGACAAUGCCAAACUGGUUAAGGAAAAUAAUGACCUACAUCAACAGUUAAUCAAACAUAAGGAAGACUCAGAUGCAGUUAUUAGAGAACUGAAGGCCUCGCUACGCAAACUAGAGCAUGAGAAUGCUGACCUCAAGUUUCUCAGUAACCAGUACGUUCACAAGGUCCGUCAGCUAGAGAAGGAGUCAAAGGCCAAGUCUGAGCGUAUCCUCCACCUACAGGAGAAAAACUUCCAUGCUGUUGUACAAACACCAGGAGGUAAAAAGAAGAACAUUCCCUUUAGGAGACAGCGUAUGGAGAUUGACACAGCUGUUCCCGAGUUUGAUGGCCCCAGUAGGCCACUCACAUUGCCCACUGAUGAUCCCUAUGUAGCCGAUCUUCUCCAGGUGGCAGAUACACGGAUAUUAGAACUUGAGCGACAACUCUCCAUCUUCAGAGACGAAAAGGAGGUGAUUGACAGGAAACUGAAGAACUUCAGACAGCAGGUUGAAGGUCGUGACGAUGAGAUAGAGCGCCUCACCAAAAUGUUAGACGGAGGCCGACCCUCGGACGUGGUGGCCCUGGAGGCCAGGAACCGCGCCAAUGAGAGGAUGAUCUCUCACCUCAACAUACAGAUUGACUUCCUCCAGCAGAAGACGAGGGAGAUGGAGAGGAAGCUACAAGACAGCAACAAUGAGCGUGACAACUGUGACUCACAACUGUCUAAAUUCCAACUGAAAAACCGCGAACUGGAAUCACGUAACCGAGAAUUGGAGUAUGACCUCAAGGAUGUUGACCUGAUGGCCAAACGUCUUCAAGUAGACAAAGAGGAUGUUGUCAAAACAGCAGAUCGUGAAAUGGGCGAGGCAAAGGAUGAACUAGAAAAGUCGAGACAUGAACUAGAAGACCUAGACCUGAACUUGGCUCAGUACAAGGCAGAGGCCCAACGAAUUACCAAGGACUUCAAUGAUACCAAGGCACAACUUGCCAUAAAGAAUGGUGACCUGCUGCGCCUGGAGGAAUUGCUAGAUCGUGUCUCUGAAGACAAGAAGCGACUGAGCCACCGUGUUAAUAAACUUAUGUCAAAUGAGAAGGAAUUAGUACUGGAAAUCGAAAAACUCAAGAGGAAGAAUGGUCCUGGUGUUGGAGGCAAGAAGACCAAGACACCCAGCAAACUGGAUGCGUUCAUACGCAGCAUUGAGGAAGAGAGGAACUAUUACCGGGAUCAAUCAGACGCGCUCCAGAAAAUGUUACGCGGCGAGAUUCCAUCACGAGGACGUAGCCCAUCCCAUUCUCGCACCUCUUCCCGUUCUGCCAGCCCUGUCAGAGAGGUCUCAUCCAAGUCUGGCAAACAGACAGUGGCUCAGUAUGAGACGAUCCUCCGGGUCCUGGAGGAGGAAAAGGACUACUACAAGAAAGAAUAUGAGGUCCUCAAGGCACUCAAAAAGUCUUCCUCCUCGGCCAGAGCCACACCCACAAAGGGAUUGUCAGAUGACCUUGAAGUAUCCAAGUUGGUGCGCGAGAGAGAUGAGAUGCGGGCAUUAUUAGAUAAAUUUGAACGUCACAUGGCAGAGAUCCAGGCCAAUGUGAAGGUAUUGACCGCUGAACGGGACAAGCUCAACACUAUGUAUGAAGAAUCUAAAGAUGAGCUCCACAGGGUGAGGAGGGAAAUGGUGCGCUCACCAAAAUCUCCAAAAACAUCUCUAGCAGCACAGGCAGUACUAAGACGCGUGGAAUGUGAGCGUGACGACGCAGUCUCUGACCUCAGGCGCAUGACAACAGAAAGAGACAGUCUGAGGGAAAGGCUAAAGAUUGCCACAGAGACGUCGCUUUCUGAUCGAGCCAAGCUUGAGCAGAGGAUUGAAGAUCUAGAGUCUACCAUCUCCACUGUGGAUGUUGAGAAAAGGGAGUUUAUUCUGCGGAUAUCCACCAUAAAGGAGGACCUAAGGAGCUACGAAGAACAGGUGCGAGACCAGGCCAUUCGACUGACGCAGGCCCAGGAUGACGCUUCACAGUCACGUGCCACUGCGGCACAGAUGAAGAUGUUGGCAGAGGAAACUGAAAAGUCACUAGAGGAGACACAAAAACGCCUCAACAACAACGAAAAGAAUCUCCACUUACAGGGGAACCGUAAUGCCGAAGUCGAGGAUCGCAACUCAGAGUUGUCCCGCUCAAACCAGCUAUCACGUGAGGAAAUUGCCCAACUGAGAACCACCAUCAGUGCACUGGACCGCGAGAAGGAUUCGCUUCAGCAUGCAGUGGAUGACAAGACGGAACGGAUGGCCAGACUCACGGACGACAUCUUACACAAGGAGAAAUUGAUAGGUGAUCUGAAGAUACGGGUCAGUGAGCUUGAGGCUCAGAGAGAACAUGCCAAUGAGAGCCACAAUAUGAAGGAUCGUGAGUUGAAGAGCAUGCGUCGCCAGCUGGACUGUACAGGAGAGGACUUAAGUGAGUCAAGUCGUAGCAAGGACAUUGCGCUUCGUGAGAAUAGGCGUCUGCAGGAUGAUCUUGCCAUCAUGACGAGAGAAAACCAGAAAUUAAACCAAGAGUUACAGGACACCCUGGAUGAGAAGGAGUCUCUGAAGGGUCAGGCUCAGGAUUACAUGCUGGAGGUCAAACGUACAGAGGAACACCUUUCCAACAAAGAACAAGAGCGGACUGACCUCCUUGACCAGUACCGGGCUCUAUCUGUGGAGGCAGAGCAGUACCAGACAUCCACCCACCAGCUAGAGAGCGAGGGCUCUAACCUUCGACUGGAGAUCAUGACAAAGGACUCUGAACUAAGACGUGUCAGGGACAGGCUGGAUAAUAUAGAACGUGAAAUUCAAGAGCACUUGAACGCCCAGCAGGCAUAUGAGUUGCAGAUUUCCAGCCUCACAAGAUCCGUGGCAAACCUGGAGGAAAACCUGCGUCAUGCAGAAGAGGAUAAACAGAACCUUCUGGUUGAUUUGGCUGCUGUCAGGGAGCUGUGUGCCAAACUUGAGUCUACAAAAGACUCCCUCCAACGCCAGCUUACCUCCGCCAGUCUGGACAAAGAGCAGCUACAGACAAUUAUGGAGGACAUGCGUCAAGAGACCGAGCUGCUGAAGAGCCAGAUGACAUCAGAGAGGACGUCGGUGAAGAGUCUGGAGGGAAUUCUACAGUCCAACAGGGAGAAGGAGUUCCAGUCACAGCUGGCCACUCAGGAGAAAUGUGCCGAGAUACAGAUGCUGAGGGACAGGCUCUCUCUCAAUGAGAGCAAGAUUCAAAGCUCAGGUCGUGAGAUUGCCAGUCUCCGAACCAGGAAUGUGGAGCUGGAAGGAGAUGUAGAGCGCCUUAGGAGGUCGCUUACCAGUGAGAAGUUUGAACGAGAGAGAGCCAUACAGGAGCUGAGGAGACACGGCCUGACACCCCCAAUACCUACAAUGGAAUACUCAGCUUCCUAUUCUUAUUCAAAAACCACAACCCUUAAUAGUCUGACAUCUUCAAGGUCAAGGUCAAGGUCAAGGUCUCCCAGCCCUAGAAGGAGCCAGAGUCCUGAAUCGUUCCGCAAUUCGACGGGAAGGCGCAAUCUCACACCUGAGCGUCCUAGCUACCUAGAUGAUCCAUUAGAAACUUCACUUAAAGGCCUUGGGCAGGACUAUUCCUGAUCCUAGAUGGACGCUAAGUGGCUAAUUGAUGCUGUGAUGACUGGAUCACUUUAAUGAUAUGUAAUGAUGGUAAUACAUUGUAUCAACAUCAACACCGACAAAGAAUGGGAAAAUUAGCCAGACGUCAUAGAUACAAAUAUCACAAAAGCAUAGUAAUUUUAAGGUUUUUUUCUCUUUCGUUAUAUCAAAUAUUUUGUAUAAGAAAAGUAAUGAUUAAGAAACUUAAUUGGUUGUAGUAUAAUAGUACACAGAAUGUCUGCGGCCUGUACACCCUGUGAGAAACAUUGUCAUUCUUUUUCAUAUUUUGUACAAUCUUCAGCCAGUAAAUAAUUAAUGGUGUGGUAUGUUCUGUAGUGGAAUUGAUUGAAAAUGAAGGUUGUGCUCUACGUUGAGUACAUAUGUAAGUUAGAUAUUCCCCUCCUUUCUGUAUGACUCCAAAUUAUAAUAUUACAAAAUGAAAGUGCAGCAAAAACUAUAGCAAAGUGAUACAAAUAUUCCAGUCUGUCCAACUCCAGUUAGAUUGACUUUCCAGUUACAAACUAUCAAUUUUCAAUCAUUGAUGUUAGAUUUAUGGAGGUUAAAUGAAGUUUGGGUGUGAUUAUAAAGUAGACCUGAUGCCGUUAAUUGUUUACAUCCUCAUGCAUUUUCACAAUCCACUGCGGAAAGAUCGACAUAACCAAAUGAGAUCCAUUUUAGAUGAUAUCUGUGAUAUUGAGACCUGAUCUUAGUCAUAUAAGUGCUUGCAAAUCACAUGCUAGCCAUGGCAUGAAGAGAAUCUGGAGCUUUGAAAUGUUUUGUGUGGAGUUGUAUGUGAGACUCCUGGUGGAGGGGACCAAUGAUGAUGUGUUAUAUGUUGGUUUAUGGCCGUCUACAACACACUACCACAAUGGUGUUGGGUCAUGUUAGCGACACAUUUAUAAGCUGUGUGUAGCAAAUGUCUACCGAAGAUGUGGCUUCCUCCCAUACAGACACACAAUGAUCCAAUAAAAUGGACCACAUCACUGUAGUGUGAUAGUAGUGGAGAAUAAGGUACGUAAGUUUAUUUGAAAUGAAAGUGUCAUCCCUAAAAUCUUGCAGUGGACUUGCCCUUUUUGUCAAUAUGAGCUCAACCUUAUAGCAUAUGUGUGUGUGUGAAGAGCAGACCUGUUGGUGAACAUUAUGAUUUAGUUUGUUAAUGAUAUUGAUCUGACCAGGUGAUGUACUCAUCGGGACUGUGUGAGUUACCUCCCCUUGUCUACUGAAUUCUAUCUUCCAUCAACCAGCAUUAUAUGAUACAGAUUUUUAUAAGCAACUGUGAUAGAUCUGAAUAUAAGUUACAUAUGUUAUAAUUUUUUUAAUCUUUUAAAGUUUCUAAUUUUCAAAAAUAUAUGUACUUAGCAUACAUGUCCGUAUAUCUAGGUAGCAAGUUCAGUGUUAUUGAGAUAUAUGCUACCUUACAUAUUAUACCUGAGAUUUUUGAAGUCAUUUUUCUUAUUAAUACUGUAAUGAGCAUUAUUUAAGAAGUCAGAACUGCUUGAAGUUUGUCAGUUGCUGCAAUUGAUGCAUUCUUAGAUACCUUUUAAGUGUGUCAUCAGUAAAUGACCAUCCAGAACAAUAUUGUACAGGUGAAUUAGAGUGGAACUCUUCAAUUGUUUAAAUAAGGUAGCAUGUGUCUUUAAAAAGAUCACAAUGAUAAGUUGGAUUUUUCUUUUUCAGCAAGUUGAAUUACCUCAUCAUUUGAUACAAACAUAGUAUAAUGUUAUUCCUGUUAAGUGUACUCAAAAUUCCUUGCGUUGGUUUGCAGUCAUCAUUAUCAGAUCUGAUACUGGUAGUUUUAUUGCAAAGUGUUUAAUUUGAUUUUGAUGAAUUGUAUGUUAUGAAGGUUCAGUAAUGAAUUGUUGACUGAACUAUUUGACUUGGGACUGUGUCAAAAAAACUAACAAAACGUCAUACACUGUCAAAAUCUGUUUAGUUGCUUGUAGGUAUAAGAUUAUUUAUAUUUCAUGAAUUUUAUAAGCAUUCAACAUGAGCCUUGAGGCUAAUGGGGCCUUAGAUAUUGUUGUAUUGGCAAGAAAUAUUCGACAGAAUGAACAUGUCUUAUUCAUUGGAUAUUGUCACUAAAUAGUCCUAGAUUUGUAAUAUAAAUAAAUUCCGUCCAUUCCAUAUAAUUUAUUACUUUCUGUACUCUGUCUAUUUAUGUAUACACCAUUAUCUUGAAUGUAUUUUUUUUUCUUCUGAUUUUAAUGCCUUUUUGAUCUGUAAUCCUAGUAUGUAAGUGUCACUUGAUUUUCUCUGAUCUAAGUUAUGCACACUUUGAUAUCUAUUAACUAUAGAAUAAUUUCAACGUCCAUUGUUCAUGUACUGGUUAAACACUGGGAAUUUUAGGCAAGAUUUGCGUUGUGAUUUUCCCAGUUUAGAAGUAGUUAGUUUGGUAUAUAUUUUUAUAUAUAUGUAUGCUGAAAGUAAUACCAGUUCUUUGAUGAACUUUACAUAAAACCAUAUAAAAUCAUGACAUUGAAGAAAUAUUUGAUCUACAGAAAAAUUUACAUGUACUGUUUGUUGAUGACAGAAGUGUUUUAAAAUAAUUUAGAAGUACCAAGAGAAAUUAUAUACCAUACAUUCUCAAAUUUUUGUCCCGUUUCUUUUCUUUAUAAUCUUCAUGAAGUGAACCAUUUCCAGGUAUAUGUAAUGCUGUGGAGUGUGUCGUGGAUGUGCUAACGUUUCGCCUCCAUGAACAGUAUUAUCAGAUCCAAAACUAGUUUUGAAAUGUUCUUAACAACUAUGUUGUCAUAUUGGAUAUCAAAUUCAUUUUGCAACAUAACAUAUAUGCUUUCAUGGACCUCUGAAUUUUAAAGAAAGCUUUCAUAUUAGGGAAUAUUCCAACAGCCCCAAUUAAUGUAAUGGAUGUUUUAAGUUAUUCUACAGGCACAAGUACUGUAACAGUUUCUAUGUAUAAAUUAGGUCUGAGCCAUAGUCAAUAAAAUGUGCAUAGCCAGGA